GCCGAAAUCUAGAUUCCAAAGUUUUGUUCAUGGGUAUGGAUAGCAGAUGAAAAAAAACAAACAAAACAAAACAAAUUAUUGUAUUAUAACCCGCCCAGAUAACUGUCAGAUGGAUGACAUCAACCUACACCACAGGUUCCUGAAUUGGAGGCGUCGAAUCCGUGAGAUUGGGGAAAUGCGCCCAGCACGGGAGCGAUAUAUGAGAUUACUGAAGGAUGGUGACACUCUCAGUUACCAAGGGAACUCUGAUGAAGUGGGUUGCUACGUGGCUCCUCAUCCUUUAUCAAAGGGAAAUUGCUACUUUGAGGUGACAAUAGUAGACACAGGAGUAAGGGGGACCAUUGCUGUGGGCCUGGUGCCCAAGUUCUAUAGGCUGGACCACCAGCCUGGUUGGCUGCCGCACUCUGUGGGUUACCACGCUGACAAUGGCAAGUUAUACAAUGGCAACCCUGUUGGGCAGCAGUUUGGACCAAAGUGUGGAUGUGGUGACCGUAUUGGCUGUGGAAUACACCCAGAUAAUAGUGAGGCAGGGUUCGCAACGGUUUUCUUUACCAAAAAUGGCAAAGAGUUGGGAUCAGUGGAGGUGCCCAUGGCAGCAGAUGGCCUGUUCCCUGCCAUAGGUAUGCACUCCCUGGGAGAGGAAGUAAGGGUGGACCUGCAAGCUGAGUGGCUCUUGGAGGAGGACGAUACUGUGAUGAUGGUGGACAGCCACGAGGAUGACUGGGGACGUCUUUAUGAUGUCAGGGUGAGCGGAACGCUCCUGGAGUAUGUUGGCAAGGGAAAGAGCAUCAUGGACGUGGGUUUGGCCCAGGCCUGCCAGCCUCUCACCACCCGCUGCCACUACUUUGAAGUGGAGAUAGUCGAUGCUGGGGAGAAAUGCUACAUUGCCCUUGGCCUGGCAAGGAGGGAUUACCCCAAGAACAGGCACCCGGGCUGGAGCCGAGGUUCAGUGGCCUACCAUGCAGAUGAUGGGAAGAUCUUCCAUGGUAGUGGGGUUGGUGAUGCAUUCGGCCCUCGCUGCUUCAGAGGUGACAUCAUGGGAUGUGGGAUUAUGUUCCCACGAGACUACAUUCUGGAUGGAGAAGCUGACAUGGACGACUGGGAGCAGUUGGAGGUCUGUCCGAGGCAAGGAGGCAUUCAGAAUGUCUUGUACCUGAACGAUGAGGAGGAGGAAGAGGAAGGAAGCAAUGAGCUGGAACACGGACGGCAGGGCAGGAAGGUCACGGUGUUCUUCACGAGGAAUGGGAAGCUAAUGGGCCGGAGGGAGGUGGCGGUUCCGCCCGGGGGCCUCUACCCCACUGUGGGGAUGCUGAGCAGCGGGGAGAAGGUCAAGGUGGACUUGCAUCCUCUCAGUGGUUGAGCAUGGAGAAGUGGACUGGAAAACCGUUGUGUGGUCGUUUUCCAACCAGCCAGUUGCGGUCUAGCACCUGACCCACAGUAGCCCAGCAUGUCGCUAACAACCUCACUCUCCAGAGAAAACUCAGUUCAGCCCACCAGUGUGCUAAUUCUUCCUCUCCAGGCCACAAGUCACUCUGCACCUAGCAGUGCUCUUAUACCUGUUGCUGUUGUUGUCCUCUGCACGACCCCAGCUCAUAUGUGUGAGACUUGAACAUGUUACCAUCAUCAUGGCAACACCAGUUAAACUUCUUCCUGGUCUAAAUUCCUCCCUGAACUAAAUUGGGAUUAAGGGAUAUACAAAAUUUUGACUUUCUGGUCAUAGAAAGACUGCAGGAUAGUGGAGCAGGGUUCCACAUGGACCAUAUGGGUACAGGCAUAGCCUACUGUAUCCAGCAAAAAAACAAAAAAACUACUCUUCCAAGACAUGCCAAGUUGAAUAAUUCUAUGCAAUCUCUCCUACUAUCAUUCCUCAUCCCUACUUCCCCCGCCCUGUAAGACAUACAGCGGGUCUCUGAAACAUUGAGCCCUUAAAGCCCUCUCAUGAGGUCUGGCACACUUAUUUUAUUUGUCAUGGCCCCAAGCACAGCAAAGUAGGGCCAACAGUUGUGCAGAGUCAGAGAGCUCAUUGGCAGUUUAUGUUGCAGGCGCUAGUCUCUCUCUCUCUCUCUCUCUCUCUCCCUCUCUCUCUUCCUUGCUUCUUUUCAGCCCCUCGCUCUCUUCUCUCUCUGGGAGAGGGUGCCCUCGUGUGAACAAAAAGGCAUCAACUGGAAUCCCCCCUUGAAGCUGGCUGGGGAUGAAAAGUGGAUCUAUUGCAAAUUCUCAGAAAUCUGUUCACCCUUGUUCCCAUUUCUCUCAGCAAUUCCUGAGCUUUGUUAUAAUCAGUAAAACCAAGAUGACACCAACUGCUGCUAUUGAUCAAUGUCAGUGAUCAAUAAUCUCUGAGGAAAAGAGGGAAGGGAAGAUGGACGGAUGAAUGAUCGUAAAGUUUGUUUUCCUAAUCCGAUGGAAAAUUCUUGAACUAAAUAAGGUAUUUAUACAAAAGAGAUCUAGUAAUAUAUAAUUUAUGUGUAACUGUGUCUUGUACAGGAGGGAUUUUUUUUUUACCUUGCAUUGUGUAACUCUGAACAUGGAAUGGUCACUUGUAAAAGAGCCUUGGGGGGCAUUAAAAUCUUUCUCACUGCAGGGGAGCAGAUACCUACAGGAUUUAGAGAAUUACUCAGAGCACUGUGCACGUUUGCCCUCAUUUAUUUUUUUAAGGAUCAUUUCACAUCUUUUCUUGUUUUGUUUUUUUCUUACAUUGUGAGCAUGUUAUAACUGCACCAUUGUGAGGGUGGUAAGCGAAUAUGGGGUGCAUAAGUAAUAAAUGAACUCUUCUAAAAUAGCUGAAUGUUUUUCCAGUGAACGUAUCAGAGGGAUACUCUCAGUGAUGCCACGGAUGUGAUGUUGAAUUAACUGCUGAAUGUGAAGGUAAACGACAAUUUCGUUUCUGACAUGUGAUUGAUGUUUAAAGAAAAAAAAACUUAAAUCACAUGUUAGGUUGUGUACUCAUGAGCACUUUCAUGAUGUGUGUGGUCUGUCUGUUAAGCAGCACCAGCAUAUUAGCAAUCAUAGGAGCAAGGCCUCAUGUUCAGGAAAUAGUUUGUCAUAAAGGGGAACUGAUGUUCACGCCAAAAGAUUUGGGUUUCUAGCUGCAGCUGUGAUUUACAGUCUGCUCUUUGGGUUUGGAUAUGGACUUUAUCAUCCGUGUUGUACUGUUUAUAUGUUGACUCAGUUGGCUAACCAAAUACGUGUUUGUUCUCUUUGUGUUCCUUUUUUCUGUAAGGGAUGCUUAUUCAAACUCCAGACAUCAUACAUACUGUUUUUUUUCUGUUUGUUUUUUAAUGUUUGUCUACUCAAACACGGGGAACUCUUCCCUCUAUGCUGUGUACAUUCCUCUGAACCGUCAUAAAAGGUGUUCACAUCAGGUUUCACAAACAUUAUGGCAUGUAGGCUAUCAAUAUUUAUACAAUAGAAAUACUAUGUUGUAUUAUUACAUGAGAUUACUAACAUUGUCAUGCAUAUUGGAUAUUCUGGCAAUUGGAUAUUCAUUCAAGUUAUUAAGCUUUUUAGAAAAAAAAGAAGAAUAAAGACAUGGGUAAAGAUCUCAGGAUUGGGACUGUUGGUGGGUGCAGAGACGGUUGAAUCAGUAGACCUCCGUCGGUCUAUAAGACAUGUACAAAUGUAAGAUGUAAAAAAGAAACUAAUAAAGAUGUUUUGUUUUCCUUUA